AUGAAUCAUCGUACGAGAAGUAAAGCUGGGAGAUUGAGUGGCAUCACGUUCGGCUCAUUGGAUUUCACAUUGGAUGGUAUGACCCGAAUGACGUUCACCGUACUUCGUGCUGUGCGACGGAUACAAUUGAAUGUGAAGCAUAUCAAUAUCACUUCAGUGAGAGUCUACCGGGACUCUGAAGAGAUCAACAUCGAUGAGAUUUCCGAAGAACAUCCACAGUUGCUGGAUAUUUUCACGUCUGUUGAUCUACAACCGGGAACUGACUACAGCUUAGCCCUCAAAUUCAGAACAUUUAUCACCAAUCCGAGGUUUGCUGGGAUAUUCGUAGCCCCCUACCGACAUGGAUCAGAGAGCAGGUAUCGAUUAUUCACCUCUCCCGUCUUGUUCUUGUUCCUAUUAUUAGUU